CGAUGCAGUCGAUUCAUACAGUCCAGGUAUGUUCCGUCCUCCCAUCAACAGCCUUGGAAGAACAGCAUUUUGGGCAUGCCGAUUGCCCCAUGCACAACUAUUUUGUUAGGCUCCUUCAAAUUCCUCAUCAAUUUCGAUCAAACUGACGAUACCGAGAAGAAUCGGUAACCGAGAGACCGGUGGGGCGAGUUGAGCAAUUUCUGUUGAAGAAUCCGCUGCGAUUUCGGUUGCCUCUGAUCCGCGGCGGAAGGAAGAAAGAUUUUCGAUUGCUUUAAACCUCUCCAAAAGCAUUCGAUUCGAGUUGUUCUUUCCAAAGGUUCUAUUGAGGGAUCUUUCUUCGUUUUCAGGGUUGCGCGGCGGAAUAUCUGGUCGUUGUUGCGUUAUAUGUGGUGUGAAAUUACUGCUGUAUGUGAAAUUCCAUCGCCGAGCUUCGUCAUGCGGUUUGAUUCUCCAUUGAUGCUCAAUGGCAGUGAUAUGAACACAUUUCCUUUUGAAGUAUGAGGAAACGUUUGGUCAGGGAGUCUAAUACGUGGUUGCUGAAGUUUUUAUAGUAAACAAAAAGGCCUGCUGUUUUAAUAAGAAAACAAAGCAGGCAAGUGUGUAGAGGCAGGAAAUAAUGGAGUGUAAUAAAGAUGAGGCAGCACGGGCGAAAGAAAAAGCCGAGGAGAAAUUUACAGCCAAGGACAUUACGGGGGCUAAAAAACUUGCUUUGAAGGCACAAAAUUUAUUUCCAGGACUUGAGGGUAUCUCUCAAAUGUUAGCUACGCUCGAUGUCUAUAUUUCUGCAGAAAAUAAGGUCAACGGAGAAGUAGAUUGGUACGCGAUGCUCGGUGUGGAUCCACGAGCUGAUGAGGAAACAGUCAGGAAGCACUACAGGAAGCUAGCUCUUAUUCUUCACCCCGAUAAAAACAAGUCGAUUGGAGCUGAUGGGGCUUUUAAGCUUAUUUCUCAGGCUUGGAGUAUGCUGUCGGAUAAAGCGAAAAGAGUGGUAUAUGACCAGAAGAGGAAUGGUAGAGUCAACAGAACUGUUUCGACUUCGAGAGGGAACUCAUCUUCACAAUCUGGGAGAAAUGGUUUUUACAAUUUCACAAAAAAUGCUCCUACGUCGAGUAUGAAGGGACAGAAAAAUGCAUCCCGACCAGAUUAUGCUUCAGCUUCAUCUCAGAAACCAAGGCCAACAACCUUUUGGACUGUGUGCCAUCGGUGCAAGAUGCAGUAUGAGUAUCUCAGAAUCUAUCUAAAUCAUAAUCUUCUUUGCCCCAACUGUCAUGAGCCAUUUUUUGCUAUAGAAACACCACCACCCCCUUCAAAUGGUGUGAAGUCUAAUGGAUGGGAUUUUACAAAGCCAAAUCAUCAAAGUGGAAGUAAAACUGCAUAUAGUCGAGAGAAGAGUAAUAUAGCCUCAUCAUCAUACACGGGAGCAGGUGAAUCGAAUCACUCUACACAUAGCCAAAACACCUUUCAGUGGGGUCCCUUCUCAAGAACGGGUGGUGCUUCAUCUGCUGCUCAAGCUGCAACUGUAGUUCAGCAGGCAUAUGAGAAAGUGAAAAGGGAACGUGAGGAGGCACAAGCUGCCAAAAGAGUGGAACGAAGAAAGCAUCAUACGUCUAAGAAGGCCCCUGGUGCUUCAUCUUCAGGCUACUCUGGUGCUGUAAAAAGAAGAAGAGGUAUAGAUGACAUUUCUUCUAGCUCCCAUGCAAGAAAUAUAACCGAUCAGUUGAAAGCUAUGGAAAGGACUAAGCUGGUCAAUCUGUCUGGUUGUACACAGGGUAAUAUAAAAGAAAAUACCACACUCAAGAGCUCUCAGGAUGUCUCUCUUAGUGAAAUUCAGAAUUUAUUAAUCGAGAAGGCCAAGAAGGAAAUGAGGAAGAUGUUAUGUGAAUUGAAGUCAACAAUGUCAACUAAUGCUAUGGUCAAAGAGGGAAACGGGAAUGAGAAGGUAACUAGGAAGAGAGAAACAUCUCCUGUGAGUGGUGAAAAGCACAAUAAUGACGUAUCGAUCGAACUUCUGAAUUCAAAGAGGGAAUCACCGUCAGUGGUUGAUUUUCCUAGCAAUUCAAGUUCCAGUGAUGCAGAAACAAUGUUAAUUGAUGUCCCUGAUUCAGAUUUUCACAAUUUUGAUAGAGACCGUACUGAAAGCUCUUUCAGAGACAAUCAGAUCUGGGCUGCUUAUGACGAUCAUGAUGGCAUGCCUCGACGUUAUGCCUGGAUUCAUAGUGUAGUAUCUUUGAACCCGUUUAAAAUGCAGAUUCGUUGGCUAAACUCAAUAAUCAACUAUGAAUUGGGUGCACUGAGCUGGGUUAGCUCUGGUUUUCCAAAAACGUGUGGGGGUUUUAGAACUGGGAGGUGUGAGAUUUAUAGCUCCAUUAAUGCUUUUUCUCACAAGGUCAGAUGGUCAAAAGGCACAUACGGAGACAUUUGCAUAUAUCCCAGAAAGGGAGAUGUUUGGGCUCUCUAUAGGAAUUGGUCCCCUGAUUGGAAUGAACUGACAUCAGACAAGGUAAUACACAAGUAUGACAUGGUAGAAGUUCUCGAGGAUAAUAGCGAAGAACUUGGAGUUAUCAUAACUCCCCUCAUCAAAGUGGCUGGUUUCAAGGCGGUAUUUCAUCGGGAUUUGGACCCAAACCAUGUAAGAAGGAUACCAAAAGAUGAGAUGUUUCGAUUUUCUCAUCUCGUACCUUCACAUUUGCUUACAGGUCAAGAAUCCCCAAAUGCUCCCAAAGGUUGCAGGGAACUGGACCCUGCAGCCACUCCAGUUGACCUUCUUCACAUCGUAGAGACCCCCAAGGAAGAAUUCAUAGAGAUUGAGGACUUGAAGUUACAAAGUUCUGCCACCAAGAUGGUAGAUAUUAGUGAUGAAAAGAUGGAAAAGAAACCCAGGGAAGCAAGAAAAGAGGAUAUAGUGAAGCCUGUAGUGGAAGAUGUCCUAGAACUUAAACUGGCCAGUAAGACGAUGCACACCAAUGAAAUGCAAGUUUCUUGAACAUUGGAUUAUUUGUUCCCCGUGGAUAUGACUGGUAAACUUUGUGGAAGCUGAUUGGACAUAGUUGACAUCUUUAGCGUUCUGACUUGCUCUUUUCCUCCUCCAAGGAUCUGUUAGAUGGGGAUCCGUACUUGUAAAUCAUACCUUUUGAUGUUAUUAUACCUUUUAACUUAAAGAUCUGUUAGAAGGUUAAUCUAUACAUUUUUUUAUGUCACUGUAGCCGCUCGAGGAAGCUCCGCUCCUUCGUGUAUAUUACACGCUAAAACGAACUCCAUUCCUCGGUUUUGCAAGUUCUGUAUAUAUUCCCUCCCAUAGCUGUUAUACUCAGAGUCAUCAGUUUUCGACCUACUACUCAAGUAAGCAUGGGAUUGCCUGACAUAAUGGUCUUCAUAUGUUGAGCUGAUCAUAAUUUUGACAAUACCACUGAUUAGGAACCAAUUUUCUCCCACUUUUAGAGCGACUUUUUGCUGCUUUCUCCCGACUCGGGUUCCUGUUUCAUUUAAAGUUAAUGAAGAGGAUGCAUUUUGAACAUACCAGAGGCAUUGUUUUGAUGAGAAUCAGUGACACCGAUGAGCAGCUUUAAGUGAAGCUUUUGACAUUGGUUACAGUCUCUCUCUGUUGAUACGAGUGAAGUAAGUUGGGGAAAUGGGUGGGGAUGGGAUUAAGCUUGAUGGAUGAUGAUGUAUUGGCUUUACUCAACUCAUGAAUUCUAAGUUCGUUAGAAUUCGCGAGUUUACUUCGAAACUACCACAGCUAUAGAACUCGUUGUUUCAAUACGCUUUUUCGGUAUCGGUGAUGUUCAUAAGGCUAUAGUGAUACAAGUUCAUGUUAAAUUAAAUGCAAUUUGAGUUUGGGAUGACUU